GCUGCCGCUGCCAUCAUGGAGGGCUCACUCGUCCCCAAACGCCACUUCGAUGCUUGCACCGUCGAUCGAUUGGAACCCAAUGGCGGCGGCGUUGCCUCUUCCACCAAGCGUCGCCACCCGUCUUCAUCCUCUACCGCCUCAUCUAUCUCCUUCAAGCCACCCCCUCCACCUCUCAAGCUCUCGGCCGGCGAAACCCUCUUCCGGAUCCUCUGCCCUGCAGUGAAGACCGGUGGAGUCAUUGGCAAGGGUGGCGCAAUCAUUCGCCAGUUCCGUGAACAAACUGGCGCCAAGAUUCGCAUCGACGAGUCCGUCCUUGGAUGUGAUGAGCGCGUCAUUCUCAUCGUUGCCGAAACCAUGAAAAAGAAGAAAGAGAACAACAAUGUCGAUGGCAAUAGCAAUAACAAUGGUGGUGGAGAGAGCGAUGGCGAGGAAUUGGGGAAUUCAAAUAAUUCAAAUUUGGGCGAAGAAGAUGCGUCGCCCGCCCAGUUGGCACUGGUUAGGGUUUUUGAGAGGAUGAUGAAAGUGGAUGAGGAAAGGUUGGGAGUUUUAGGGGAGAGCGAAGAUGGAGAGGAGAAGGAGAAGGAGAAGGAAGAGAAGACAGCGAAUGCAGGGCCCACUCAGAGCUCAGUGGUGUGUCGGUUGUUAGCGCCAAGUAAUCAGGUAGGAUGUGUGCUUGGAAGAGGGGGAAAGAUUGUGGAGAAGAUCAGACAGAACAGUGGAGCUCAAGUUAGAAUCCUUCCUAAAGAUCAUAUCCCAGCUUGUGCUUCUCCUGGAGAUGAGUUGAUCCAGAUAACAGGGAUCUUUUCAGCUGUAAAAAAAGCACUAUUAUCAGUUUCAAGCUGUCUCCAGGACAACCCUAGGACAGAUGCUGCCAACACUAAUUCUGCUAAACCAUUAGGGGCAGUGUUGCGAGGAACCAGCAUGUCUACUCAGGUAGACCAAUUCUCUCAGAGGGGUUAUGUAUCUGGACUCCAUGCUGUGGAUUAUCAUUCCAGGGGUUCUUCAGUUCCAGGACCAGAAAACAUUGUUGCCGGCCACAGGAAGGUACUGGAGGAGGAAAUCAUGUUUCGGUUGUUAUGCCAAAUUGACAAAGUUGGCAGUUUGAUAGGUAAAGGUGGCUGUAUUAUACGGGCUUUACAAGGUGAAACCGGGGCAUCAAUCAAAAUAGCUGAUGCUGCACCUGAUUCCGAUGAGCGGGUUGUUGUCAUAUCUGCACGAGAGUCUCCGGAACAAAAGCAUUCUCCUGCACAGGAUGCUGUACUUCGUGUCCAUUCUAGAAUUGCUGAGAUUGGAUUUGAGCCAGGUGCGGCAGUUGUUGCUAGGCUUCUUGUACAGUCCCAGCAGGUUGGUUGUUUAUUAGGCAAAGGAGGGACCAUUGUGGUCGAAAUGAGAAGAGCAACUGGUGCUAGCAUACGUGUUUUUGGAAAGGAACAAGGUCCAAAAUGUGGCGGACAAACUGAUGAUGUCGUGCAGGUUAUUGGUAGCCUACAGUCUGUUCAGGAUGCUUUAUUUCAUAUUACGAGCAGGCUUCGGGAAACCAUCUUCCCUAUGAAACCUCCGGUUCCAAGUGUUGGUGCAGCAUACUUUUCUGCUGCAAUGGAGACACCUCCCGCAAUGUUCAGAUCUAGACAUGACCUAUCCUCACCGGGACAUUACCCUUCUACAAUUGUACUCUCUCAUGCUCUAGACCGUCCUCCUGUUUCUUCCCAACCGAUGGAUCGUCAACCUACCCUAUCACAUGGUAUGGAUCAUACUGGUAUAGCCAAUUUAGAACGAAUUCCUUACCCUUACAGCAGUGAAAGGCCAGUACCUGGUCCCACUUAUGAUAGGCCAUCUUCUCCAAGGUCAUGGCCUUCUCAGUUAAUAAGCAGUGGGAACCCUAGGGGUGUUGUGGAUACUGGGACAGGUUUGGCUCCGAGAAAUGGGCUUAUUGGAAGUGGAGUUCAAUCAGCAGUUAUGACCAGCACGACUGUUGAGGUCGUAGUUCCUCAGACAUUGUUGAGCAACAUUUAUGGGAAGAAUAAUAGUAACUUGAAUAAAAUCAGACAGAUAUCAGGUGCUAAGGUGGAUGUCCAAGAUCCCAGGCCUGGUGCUACUGAAGGAGUUGUAGUUGUAUCUGGGACACCUGAUCAGACUCGUGCAGUCCAGAGCCUUAUCCAAGCUUUCAUCUUUUAUGGACAGGCCACUCCUUGAUUAUCUGUCUUCAUAGCUGAAAAAUCUUGUAAGGGUUCUGAAAGUAAUUUUUGGUGUCACCUUCUGAAUUGUCAGUUCUCAUCUCAUCGCAUCGGUUCUUAUCCCAGUUUUGGAUGGUCAGUAAUGUCCGUGAUGUGUAGAUUACAAGGAAACUCUCUCUUCCAAAUCAUCCCCUAUUAGUAUUGUAAUGUUAAAAUGUUCAGUUAAUUUUGUUUUCUUCAAGAUGUAAACAGCCCCAGGGGUGGCAAAAUUUUUAUUAGAUACCCUUAAUUUAGUUUCUUUGUGAAGUUCUUGGAGGGACAAUUCAGAAUCUGAAUACAAAUAUUUUGUUCUGUU